GCCGAUAAUCAAAGGGGUGUGGAUUGUACCCACCUGGAAGAAUGCACCCGAUCCGCCGAAGCGUUGACGGCGACACCGAAAGAGCUUGAGAAACAUUAUUCUCUGGUACGCUGGCUGAGAUGAUAAGUCUAUAUCCAAGCAUUCACAACUAAUGAUCCGUCUCAAGAGAACGGCAACCAUCUCCGUCAUCCAUCCCUGCCUCACCGCAGGCCUCAUCUACCUGUGCAAUUGGACCCUUCCGAGCCCCGGUGUGAAGACCCGAGUCAAGAAAAACUUCCUGUACAUCACGCACAGCCUGUCCCAGAUGAGCACCGCGUGGGUGUGGGCACUCCGUGCGAUGCGGCUCCUGAAAUUAGUCGCGCGUCGUUGGUUGCCACCAGAAGUGUUUACGGGCUUGAUGGCGAAUGAGCUGGCGUAUCUAUCGGGAGGGAUAGGGGCUGAGGAUGUGGUGCCUGUAGUGCAAGGGUUGCCGGACGUGACCCGUUGAUUCGGAGGCUUAGAGCCAUUGGAUGUCACUGACUAGGUGUGGUUUCCGACGCA